AUGGAGCUUAUACGCAAGUUUGGGCUUCUAGCGGUCUCACGAUCUUGGAAAAGGCCUCCAAGGGGAUUCUCAGGUCUUUCGGCAUGGCGGCAGGUGAGACUUAAUUCUACGUCAACACCACCGACUCGCUCGGCCGGCAUCGUGCUCCGCGAUUACCAGGAAGAAUGCAUUCAAUCUGUCCUGAGAUACCUCGAUGAGGGACAUCGGCGUCUUGGGAUUUCAUUAGCUACUGGGGCUGGCAAAACAGUCAUCUUCACUCAACUAAUCGGUCGAAUCCCACCACGCAAUGUCGAAGCCACCAAGACGAUGAUCAUCGUUCAUCGGCGCGAACUGGUUGAACAAGCGGCGAAACACUGCCGUCUCGCGUAUCCUGAUAAGGUGGUGGAGAUAGAAAUGGGAAACAACGUUGCAACAGGCGAUGGGGAUAUCAUUAUCGCUUCCGUGCAAACGCUUGCUCGAGGACGAAUCCAAAAAUUCGACCCCAACCUGUUCAAGUUGAUUCUUGUUGACGAGGCCCACCACAUUGUUGCACGUUCAUACCGAGAAGCUCUGGGACACUUUGGCCUGAAUGAGCCAUCAUCGAAUGCGCCAGUCCUCGUCGGUGUCUCGGCCACAUUUGCGCGAUUUGAUGGCCUCAAACUGGGUGCUGCAAUCGAUCACAUCGUCUACCAUAAGGACUAUGUUGACAUGAUCGGCGAGAACUGGCUAUCAAAUGCUGUCUUUACAACAGUCAAGUCGGAAGCAAAUCUCUCGAAUGUGAAAAAGGACAAGUUCGGCGAUUUCGCUCUGGGAUCCCUCUCCAAAGCCGUCAACACCGCCAUAACAAAUGACAUCACGGUGCGAGCUUGGCUGGCUAAUGCGCACGAUCGGAAAUCCACGCUUGUUUUUUGUGUCGAUGUUGAACACGCAAAGCAGCUCACGGCGACCUUUCGCGAACAUGGCAUCGAUGCGCGAUAUAUCACCGCAAGUACGCACAAGAACGUGCGAGCUGAGCAAUUAGAAGCUUUCAGGAACCAGGAAUUCCCAGUCCUUCUCAACUGUGGCCUGUUCACAGAGGGGACGGAUAUUCCCAAUAUCGACUGUGUGCUUCUCGCGCGUCCGACGCGGUCCAAGAACCUUUUGAUUCAAAUGAUCGGACGCGGCUUGCGUCUUUAUCCCGGCAAAAAGGACUGCCAUAUCAUCGACAUGGUUGCCACACUGGCCACCGGUGUCUUGUCCACGCCAACAUUAUUUGGUCUUCAUCCCGAUGAAGUACUCAACAAAUCUUCCGUCAAUGACUUUCAAAAGAGCCAGGCCGACGACCAAGGCCAGCCUGACCCACUGGCAGAUGCGACCGCGGAAACCGAAGAAAACGACGUCAGUCUCCAGUUUACCAAAUACGAUAGCAUCUAUGAUCUUCUGGAUGACUCGCGCUCAGAAAAGCACAUCCGUUCAAUCAGCCCCAACUCUUGGGUCCGUGUCGGCGACGAAAAAUAUCUCCUCUCAGAAUCAUCCGGUUGGCUGAGUCUCGAGAAAGAAAAAAAUAUGUACAAUGUCUACCACGUGAUGAAGUUCAACAACCCAAUGACCGAGACACCCCAGUUCACUCGUCCUCGGCGUGUCGCAUCCGGGGAGGACCUCGAAACUGCGGUCCGUGCCGCAGACACCUACGCCAGUAACAAGUUUGACGAGCGAUAUAUUGCAUCCUGGAAGCCAUGGAGACAGAAUCCAGCUACGGCGGGUCAGCUCCAAAUGCUCAACAAAGCCCGCAUUAGAGAUGGCAAACUACGGCCCGAGGACCUGACUCGAGGUCAAGCAGCUGACAUGAUCACCAAGCUCAAAUUCGGUGGCAAGAAGCGGUUCAAGAGUAUUGGAGUCCAGCAAAGAAAAGCCGAACGCAGAGAAAAAGCACUGAAUGAAUUUGCUGAGCUGCAAGAGAGGACUCGGGUAAAAGUUGGGCCCGUGGAAGGCUCAAGUAGCUCAAAUUGA